GUUCGGUUUACUUUAAUAUUCUCCGGUUUAGUUGAACCGUUUCCUGAAAAUGAAUCGUCGUCUUCUUUGGGGCAAGCUCCUUGAUGUUGUUGAGUCUAAUCAGAGGAGGAAGAAUGGCGGGAGGAUCUGAGAGGAAGACGAUACUGGUGGGUUUGGUUCUAGCUCUUGUUCUUGGUAUCGGUGUUUACUUAAGGCUUUGGACUAUCGAUUAUACUCUAUCUUCCGAUGACACAGAGCGCUUAAGGAGACAGUUUGAUUUGGCAAAUAGAGAGGCAAUGGAUGAAUCUGCAGAUUGGCGGAGAAUGUUUGAUAAGGAAGCUGAGAAAGCUUCUAAAUGUAACACAGAACUUUCACUGAUCAAAGAGUCAUCUGGGAAUGGAAACACCUUUACCUCCAAUCAAAAGCUAGAGUCAUUAAAAAAGGAAAAUGCGGCAUUGCUCAUUCAAAUAGAGACAUUAAAACAAGAGCUUGAAGCUUCACGGUUAAAGUGCCACUCACGGCAGGCACCCCGUUAGAAUACUGUUCUUGAUAUGUUGACAUGUUGUCAGUUAUAGAUUUAGUCCUCCGCUGGUAAGAAAUCCCGGAAUGUCAUAUACAUCAUAUAGGCUCUUUCAUGGAAAUUAACUUUUUAACAGCACCAACCACAGAGUCUUGUAUUUUUUUUGAAUUCAGUUCUCAGGCCCUCUCACUGCAUUCAUUUAGUUUAUUUCUGAGUAUUAGAUGGUGAUUUGUUAUCUCCAAAUAUAGUCUUUGAUCCUUAGGUUUAUAAAUACGUUCUGAAUCAUAUUUCUGCCAGUUGCAUAACAGAUGAAAGCUAAAACCUUUCAUAAUAGUUUCAUGAAUUUGUCAAACUCCAUUCCAUCACAUCAAUUUCAUUUUGAGCACUGAUUGAUUUCGUCACAUAUCUAACUUUCCUGUUGGUUACUCAUCG